ACCCGGGCCUCCUUGUUGCCGCAGCCGGGUCGGGGCGAGCAGCUCCUGAGGGGAGUCCCGGCGGCCAGCCGCGGCCAGGGGAGGGGGCGCCGGCGGCCCCCGCAUUAGUGAGCAGCUUGCGCCCAGGAGGGCGAGAGCGCGCUACCCGCCAGGGGCCCGCCGCCGCCGCGCCGCCCUCCCCCGCGCUGUCAGCCCCGCCGGGCGCAGCCGCCGCCGCAGCAUCUUCUGCCCCUGCGCCCCCGUCAGCCCCGAGGAAGUCCCCGCCGAGGACCGGGGCCCCCGGGAGCGCAGGAGGAAAGACCAGACUCCCCUAAAACACCCCGAUGCCGAGGAUUGAAGCAGCCUAGCCAGAGCUUUCCGUGGAUUAAAAAAAAAUACACGAUUUUUUUUUCCCUUGGCAGAAGAAAAGGAGAGGAAGACCAGCGGGGCUCUGCAAGGAAAAAAGGGGGAUGUAACUCGUGGAUACGUUUUUUUCCCACCCCUCAAAUGUCUUGUUCUACUUUGUAAACAUUUUCUUUUUUUAAACCCCAGCUCCAGCCGGACGCCCCCAGACCUCCGGGGGUGCGAGGAGGUGGUGGUUUUCAUUUUGGGCUUUGCAUAUUUGGUUCUUAGAUUUUUGAGAGCUUCUUAUUCCGCCAGACAUCUCAUGCGGGGUGAAGUCCACUCGGCCCCCUCCCCCGAGUCUUCGUGUACACGGAAUUCGAGGAGAUCCGGUUACUAAGGAUAUAGAGGAAAAAAAUAAAUCGCGUGCCUGCUUUUUUUUUUUUUAAUUGCCUGUUCUCCCCACCCCCAAAUUAAGUUCCUUAGGGGAAAGAGGCUUUUUCCUCCCUCCAGGAGCCCAGCAGAACGCCUUUCGUUUUUUGCUCCCGCGGAUCUUCCAUGUAGGAAGCCGAGGCUGGCGAGCCCGACACUCGGGAGCCGCUGCGGGGGGGUCUCUUUUUUGGGAGGCGCCGACCGGGGCAGGCUUCGCCGCCCCCAGGGAAGCGGCGGCCGCGUUCCUCCGGGGUGCGCCGGGGCCCGAGAGCCGCGCAGGGCGCGGGCCGCGCGGGGUGGGGCAGCCAGAGCGCAGGCCCCCGAGCCCCAGCGGGCGCCCCCGGGCCCCCGCGCGCGCCCCAGCCUCCGGGAGACUGGCGCAUGCCACGGAGCGCCCCUCGGGCCGCCGCCGCUCCUGCCCGGGCCCCUGCUGCUGCUGCUGUCGCCUGCGCCUGCUGCCCCAACUCGGCGCCCGACUUCUUCAUGGUGUGCGGAGGUCAUGUUCGCUCCUUAGCCGGCAAACGACUUUCCUCCUCGCCUCCUCGCCCCGCAUGUUCAGGACCAAACGAUCUGCGCUUGUCCGGCGUCUCUGGAGGAGCCGUGCGCCCGGCGGCGAGGACGAGGAGGAGGGCGCGGGGGGAGGCGGAGGAGGAGGCGGCGAGCUGCGGGGAGAAGGGGCGACGGACGGCCGGGCGCAUGGGGCCGGUGGCGGCGGCGCGGGCAGGGCUGGCUGCUGCCUGGGCAAGGCGGUCCGAGGUGCCAAAGGUCACCACCAUCCCCACCCCCCAGCCACGGGCGCCGGCGCGGCCGGGGGCGCCGAGGCGGAUCUGAAGGCGCUCACGCACUCGGUGCUCAAGAAACUGAAGGAACGGCAGUUGGAGCUGCUGCUCCAGGCCGUGGAGUCCCGCGGCGGUACGCGCACCGCGUGCCUCCUGCUGCCCGGCCGCCUGGACUGCAGGCUGGGCCUGGGGGCGCCCGCCGGCUCGCAGCCCGCGCAGCCGCCCUCGUCCUACUCGCUCCCUCUCCUGCUGUGCAAAGUGUUCAGGUGGCCGGAUCUCAGGCAUUCCUCGGAAGUCAAGAGGCUGUGUUGCUGUGAAUCUUACGGGAAGAUCAACCCCGAGCUGGUGUGCUGCAACCCCCAUCACCUUAGCCGACUCUGCGAACUAGAGUCUCCCCCUCCUCCUUACUCCAGAUACCCGAUGGAUUUUCUCAAACCAACUGCAGACUGUCCAGAUGCUGUGCCUUCCUCCGCUGAAACAGGGGGAACGAAUUAUCUGGCCCCUGGGGGGCUUUCAGAUUCCCAACUUCUUCUGGAGCCUGGGGAUCGGUCACACUGGUGCGUGGUGGCAUACUGGGAGGAGAAGACGAGAGUGGGGAGGCUCUACUGUGUCCAGGAGCCCUCCCUGGACAUCUUCUAUGAUCUACCUCAGGGGAAUGGCUUUUGCCUCGGACAGCUCAAUUCGGACAACAAGAGUCAGCUGGUGCAGAAGGUGCGGAGCAAAAUCGGCUGCGGCAUCCAGCUCACGCGGGAGGUGGACGGCGUGUGGGUGUACAACCGCAGCAGUUACCCCAUCUUCAUCAAGUCAGCCACACUGGACAACCCGGACUCCAGGACGCUGUUGGUACACAAGGUGUUCCCCGGUUUCUCCAUCAAGGCUUUCGACUACGAGAAAGCGUACAGCCUGCGGCGGCCCAACGACCACGAGUUCAUGCAGCAGCCGUGGACGGGCUUCACCGUGCAGAUCAGCUUCGUGAAGGGCUGGGGCCAGUGCUACACGCGCCAGUUCAUCAGCAGCUGCCCGUGCUGGCUGGAGGUCAUCUUCAACAGCCGGUAGCCGCGCGGGGACACGGGGUGGAGCGGGAGCCGAGCGGGCCCAGUCCACGCGACUUUGCUGCUAAUACUUUCC